GGCUGUUGUGCUGUUCCCGUGGAUGGGGAGGGGAUUCCCUGGGCCAUGGGGGUGGUGAGGCUGGGAAGGUGGUACGAGGCGGUUGUGUCUGAGAAUAGAGGCGCAGAAAGCUUUGGUGUUGGGGUGAGGCGCGAUCAGGGAUGUUUUUGGGCGACGGUGGGGGUGGGUGGUCGGCUGCUGUUGGGUAUGUUGCACAGCGUGAGGUUUCAGGGUGGGACUGAUGGGAUUGACGGGGCUUUUGGGACAAAGAACCUGUGGUUGGAUCUGGAAUGGUUUAUUAAGGUGGGUCUUCACGAUCGGGCAGUGGAUGUUCUGGAUCAUUCUUUGUUCCUUCCAUGA